AUGGCUGAUGAGGAUCAAGCGGACCUCGAUCGAAUCUUUAAGCGAUUUGAUGCCAAUGGAGAUGGCAAGAUCUCGUCAUCGGAGCUUGGAGAAGCUUUGAAAGCACUUGGCUCUGUGUCACCUGAAGAAGUGCAACGUAUGAUGGCUGAAAUCGAUACAGAUGGAGAUGAGUUUAUUUCGUAUCAAGAGUACAUGGAUUUUUGUAAUGCCAACAGGGGAUUAAUGAGAGAUGUUGCUAAGAUCUUCUAA